CAGUGCCCUCCCAGCACCUGUUACUGUUUUGGAGUUGAAGAAUGUUGUGCAUCCGGGCCACGCGACUUCUAGUAUUGCGCUGCGGCAUUCGCUUGGCAGAGUGCUGCUGCAGCUUCCGUGCUGCCCUGCUCGCGCACAGGCAGCAGCAGUCAACCUCGUGGACCUGGCAAGCCUGCUGCAUCAGCAGGAGCAGCAGCUGGAGCAGCAGCAGCAGCUGGAGCAGUAGCAGCUCGGUCCUGCCGCCACCAACAGCGCGCAGGGCCUCCUGGAGGCGGUACGUACGGAAGGUCCGGAUCAGCGCGGCGGCGCCUGGCUCCGUGGUGGACCCCACUGCUGCGGUUGCACGCCGUUUUGGAUGCCGCCCAACACUUCAUAACGGCAGAAAGACGGCGGCAGCCCUGCGCCGCCGCCGCCACCGCAACAGGAGCGACGCCUGCAGUAGCGCGGACAGCAGCGGCGAGACCAGCGGCGGCGGCGAGACUGGCAGUGGCAACAUCAAAUAAAAGAAUCCCCCGCAUCGGUGUCGUCACUGCGCGGCACCGGCGGCAGCGGCGACACCGGCGCGCGGGAUUCAUUUGAUGUUGCCAGGCAGCUGCUGAGGUGCUAUUCAUUGAAGAGCAGCAGCGGCGCGAGCAGCAGCAGCAGCACGAGACGAGGGCGCCGCAUCCAUGCAUGCUGCUGGUGCUGCCGGCCAUGCAGCCGGCCGAGCUGUCAUCCGCUGCUGCUGCGAUAAGCGGCAGUGGCAGCAGCAGCGGAAACAUGGCAGCAGCAGCAGCAGCAGCAGCAGCAGCUGCUGAGGCGGCCACCUCCAUGCCAGCAGCUGGAGCUGGACGACCUGGCAGUGCGGCUUGAGGGCAGCACGCUGCGGGUGAUAAUGCUGGAGGCCACGUCGAGCAGAGCAGAUGUGCCGACGGCACGAAAGCAGCUGCGCCAUGGGCGGCUGUGUGUGUGCGCGCGCGCGUGCAUGCGUGGGUGCGCUCGUGCAUGCGUGGGGCCUGCCGCACGUGGACGCGCCCGGCGAGGCUGAGGCCAUGUGUGCCGCGCUGGUGGCUGCGGGGCUGGCCGACGCGGUGGUGAGCACGGACGUGGACGCACUGCUGUUCGGGGCGCCACGCCAGUACCGCGAGUGCAGGAUGCAGGGCCUGCCGCACGUGGACGCGCCCGGCGAGGCUGAGGCCAUGUGUGCCGCGCUGGUGGCUGCGGGGCUGGCCGACGCGGUGGUGAGCACGGACGUGGACGCACUGCUGUUCGGGGCGCCACGCCAGUACCGCGAGUGCAGGAUGCAGGACCUCGGCGCCGCCGCGCUGAGCAAGCGGCCGACGUCGUACCUGCUGGUGCUUCCCAAGCCCAUUAAGGGCGGCGACGGCGACGAGGCGGAGGCCAAGGAGUUCGCUGAGGCGUACACCGAGGUGGAGAAGAAGGUCAAGUCGGCGCAGAUUUUGUUCUAAAGCAGUGUAGUGUGCAGUUCAAUUAGUGUUGCAAGCAGCCAACGCCAGCUAAACGGAGGCACGGAGCAGCUGGAGCGGAGGCGCAGCGCAGCCGGAGAAGCUCGGCGCAGCGGCGUCACUGCUGCGGCGCCUGAAAGGAGUGCUGCUACUAUUGUGUGCAGCCCAGCGGUGCGUUUGGGGCGCAGCCCCGGCGUUGUCGCCCUGGCGCGUGCCGGGGCCGACGAGAGGAACGGCAGUUGGUGCACGAUUCGUGUUGAGGCCCGCUGCGCGUAGCCCUGACUUGCGACGGGGGCAGAUCCACGUAGAUACGGGAACGCACGUCCGGUGGGCUGAGGCAUAGGCCUCCGCGGGUGCUGUUGCGUCCUACCAAGCUGCUUGUGUGUGGUAGUCGUUGGCCGAAAGGGUAUGUGUGCAAUGUUUGUCCCGUCACGUGUGUUUGCUCUGUACGUAGAACGUUGUACGUUAUUAUCAAGGACCGAACGAGUGCCCAGAACCGGGCUAGCAAGGGACGAUGUGCAGUAUGCCGCGGCACUUUCGGUGUGGCGAAGUUGAAGCCUCUCUGCGAUCCGUGCCGCAGAGAGCUGUGUUGCAGGUGACUUAUAACAGGUCGCAGCAUUUAAAUCGGGAGGCGCUAUCGCAGUUGAAGGUAGCGCUUACAGUCGCCGCGGUUGGCGCAUGACGACGGAAUUCUAACAUGAACGACGCAUGUAGGCAUGUACUAAUCAUUAGGACCACUGAUGUGACACGUGACACGAGUGAAUCUCGAGCUAGGGGCAGGAGGAGAGACACACGGAUGGCAGCGCCGUCUGCCGUGCGCCUUGGGCAGCAGUGAAGAACGCGCUGUAAAGUGCAAAGAGUCAAAUGCACCCGUGCCGCAGAGUAGUGGAGCAGAGCUGUGUUGCAGUGGACUUCAGCAUGUAGCAGCAUUUGUUGAGGUUUAGAGCAUUCCCGGGCUGAGAGGAACGUUCUAGGGGCUCAAACUAGUGUCUCGACUAU